GCCGGGGUGCAGCGACGACAGGGGCCGGGGUGCAGCGACGACAAGGACCGGGGUGCAGCGACGACAGGGGCCGGGGUGCAUCAGCUCCGCAGUUAACGCCCUCCAGAACUAACAGACGCGGAACAAGGAAGUCGUGCACCUGUCCCUGCUCAAGCAUAACUAUCUUUUCAAGCCUACUGCGACCUCGAUAACUACUGCAGGUGUGAAGCUCCGCCAUGGCAGAGUUUGAGGGGGGAGCAAACCAAAGUAAGGAGAAGCAGCAUCAGCUCAGCUCUUCUGUCGGUGCGGGGGACGCUCAGCCCGCUGCAGGGCCACAAGUAACCGAUGAGCGGGCAGCUUCGGGUGGAGGUGCCCGCCUCCAGCACGGCGUCUCUGUGGACUCCACUCCGGACCACUUCAAACGCACACGGUUCUUCGUGUUGAGGCCUGGCACUCUGAAUCAGGCCAUCAAAGAUGUUGAAGCUCUGGUGGAUCAAGAACUAGACGGCAGCAUUCUCGGCCUUUGGCUGAUGGCAGAGGUGGAUCACUGGAACAAUGAAAAGGAGCGUCUUGUUAUCAUCACAGACAACUCUCUCCUGGUCUUCAAGUAUGACUUUGUCAUGUUCAGCUGUGAUCAAAUGCAGAGGAUCCCGCUUAACUUUGUGGACCGCAUCUCCCAUGGCACCUUCAGCUUCCCAAAGUACUCCCUUCUCCAGAGAGCAGGGGAGGGGGUGCGAAUCUUCUGGGACCGGCAGAGAGAGCCCUCCUUCGUGUCCACGUGGAACCCCUUUGCCACUGACCUCCCCUUCAUCACCUUCACCUACCACCCUGUGAGGAACGUCAGUGCCACAUUGUCUGCUCUGUGCGACAUCCAGACGUUUCGUGAACAGCUCAAGGAUGCAGCACAGAAAGUCCACUCCAUGAAGCCAGUUCCCGGGAAGGCCAAUGGCGUCUUGGUGCUCAAUCAGCAGAUCCCCAUUGAGGCCUAUGUGGGCCUCAUGUCUUUCCUUGGUAACCAGAACAAACUGGGCUACUGCAUGGCACGAGGAAACCUUGGUUUCUAAAUUGCAACAUUAAUAUAAUGGUUUGGGUGUUUUUUUUUUUAGGUUGAUUGCUCUUAUUUAUGAGUCUUGAAUAAAUUUUGAUAGGUUUGUUUACAGAGAGGUCAAUUUUAGAAGGAUUAAUCAGAGGUUUUAACAUUGAAGCUUGGAUUCUCAGGAUGUGCUUUAUGAGGUUUAAACAACUGUGCCAUCUCCCCCACUGCUUAUUACCAGUGUGUGGUAUCUGAGUACUCAGAAAUAUCCACUUUUCAACACCACUCUGCACUGGCUGACGGAUCCCCCGCUGCUGUCGAGAAGCUUUGUUUUUGCUCCUCAGUGAUAUGGUAAUUCAACUCUUUCGCAAUGGGACUCCUUUCUUCCUCCCCCGGCAUCUCUGUUAAAAGCUCAUUCCCAUGCCAUUCAGCCCCUUAGAGAUUCAUUGGAGCAUGGGGGCACAUUUGUCAGUUUUAUCAUUCAUAGUGUAUUUUUACAGUGCAGACAGUACUGGAAUUUCUCCUUGGUUUGUGUGUUUACCUUGUGUCAUUGUGACUUGUUUGGCGUAUGCUCUUGUCAGCCUGUCACACACGUGAAAUUUUAAGUUUACAUAUUUUGUUCUUUUCCUUUAUAGUGAAAUGAAGAUUUCUCCAUACUGUUUUUGUUCUGUGCAACUUAUUAGUGACUUAUACAAAUACCUUGGUUGUACUACAGAAGAAUUUGUUUGCUGAAAGAUGCACCUACUGUAGUUGUGAAAUCUGACCCUCCAUCAAUACCACAGUUCUUGAAGUCUUGUUAUUGGAGCAGCACAAGUACCAUAACUCCUUGAAAGUUACAGUAAGUUAAAAAUUAAGAUUUCAAUCCUGGUAAAUUUAGCAGUACUUGAGGUGACUGGUGGUAACUGCAAAAGUAUUUUAAUACUAGAGCAAACACUUAAUGAAGAAGAUACUUUGUCAAAAAUAUAACAGAAGCUGAUUUAUCUGUAUACAGUGCAACAAACCCCACUCAUGCCGUUUUAAUUUAAAAACUAGAAUUCUGCUUAAGGGAAGCAUGUAUAAAGUGGAAAAAAAAAUUGGACCUAGCACAGAAUCCUGUGGAACUCCAUGACUAACAUUAGUUUGCAUGAAGGGUUGAUCAUUAAUAUGAAUAAAUUGUAAUCGAUUAAAUAAAUAGGUAAAUUUGUGCAGUUCGCACACCAUCCAACUCAACUCAGCUAGGGGAUUCCUCAUGACUGAUAUAGUGAGCAAGUUAAGAAUUUACAGCAUGCAGAUAAGGCAACUUUGGUCCUUGAUGGCCUAGUGGCUAGGAUUCAGUGCUUUUGCUGCUGCUUCCCGGGUUCAGUUCCCGAUCGAGGAACCUCUACCCACAGGGGUUUCACGCCAGUGACUUCUGUGCCGCUCCCAAGCCCAGAUAAGUAGAGAGGGUUGCGUCAGGAAGGGCAUCCGGCGUAAAAAACGUGCCAAAUUUCAAACCAUGCAAAUUGUCAGUGUAGACACAGAUGAUUAGCUGUGGCGACCCCCAACAGGACCAGCCGAAAGUGGAAGAGGAAGAUAGGGCAACUUUGGAAUUGCCUAAAGCCACAUUUUUUUACUUCAGACUAAGAGCCUCCCCACACCUCCAUUUGUGCCAGACUGGCACAUCCUGGGCACCUUUCUACAGACUAAAGAGACCAGACUAAUUUGAACCUUUCACCAAACUCCCAUUAAGACAGAGAACAAGCCAAGACCCAAAGUAAACGGUUACUAGAGGUUAGUAACUGUAAUGUAAUCACUGAGUUUCAAACUGUAACCUAUGCACAUUACUGGAAAAGUAAUCAUAUCUGUAACACAUUGCUAAGUAGCAGUAAAGACGGUGAACAGUAAGCACUAAAAGCUGGAUUACUAAAUUCCUCGUUCAUGCGUAGGAAAUUUGAAACCCACAUGGGAAAGGCAGACCCUGCCAGUAACAAUGAAGACUAAGAUAAAAUGAUUUAAUUGAAUGGAUAUUGCUGAAAAAUUGUCAACCAUAAAUAGUAACAAUAAGGUUUGAUUUGAUGAAAACCUGAAGGAUUAUAGUCAUAAAGCUUCAAAAGUGAAACUAUAGUGAGAUCGAUUUGUUCAAGAAUAAAAACAUUUCCUGAGUGACAAAUACAAAUGAAAGCAGACAAACUACGCCAGCAGUAUUUAGCCUCUCUUCAGGCAUUCUCCUCAGGAAACAAGGUUAAGUAGAAAGUGUCCGAGGAAUAAAUGCAGUCCUUAUUCCUCAAGGUAAAGUAUAUGGUUAAGUUCAGCACCAUUUGUAUCAUGUAUCAUAACCUUAGGGUUUGAAGGGGUUAACACAUUUCCUCCCAGAAUGAGGAAGCUUUUUUAAUCCUGGAUCAAGCACUGUUCUGCCCUGGAGCAAAACACCUCAUCCAUAUUUCUUCUCUUCAGGUUGUAAAAGAUGUUCAAAAAAACGGGGUUAAUUGCAAGAUAAAUGCACAUUCAAGUUAUUCUGUCAUUUAGCCCCUCAAGAAAACCUCUAUAGAGUUUUGCAUUUGGGUCUUAUUGAGCAAAUAUUUUUUACUUGGUUAAAAAAUAUAUAUAAACUGAGUUUAUAUGUUUUGUUUAGUUGCCAUGGACUGCAUUUGUACAGUUGCUGUAAUCCUUUUCUUUUUUUUAAUCGUCAUGACUUUGUCUAAAAUGCAGGUAAAGCUGUUAAAAACUCUGAGCAGGAACGUGACAAUGAAGGCAUCAAAGACCAUCAUGUCACACAUCAUUUGAAAUAAUGAAGGACUUCCUAAGAUGUAAUGUUUGAUUUAUGUUGUUUGCUCUUCAGAUGAUGCAGGUUACAUGUUUGAUCAUGUU